AUGGAGAAUCUAGGUUGGUUUCCUACCAAUGGAAAAAAAGCAAUGGAAGAAGAGCUUAUUAGAGGACGUGACAUGGCAAAUCAAUUACUUGAAGUACUUACUUUUGAUGAUAAGUCUAAUAUAAUUAGACAAGUCAAAGGGUCUAAGUCAAAAUCAUCAAAAGUUUUACCUAAAGAUGUUGCUCAAGAUCUUGUUCGAGAAGUACUUAAAUCAUUGACAAAUACACUUCUAUAUUUGAACAACAAAGAAGAAUCCAAUGAUGAUUCUAUAAUAGUUAGAGAUUUUUCUUUCUCAACCAAUGGCCACAAGAUGGAGGAGGAUUUGGAUGGAGCUUACAAACAACUUCAAGCUCUCAACACCAAAAGUCCAAAGGGAAUGAAAAAGAGAAAGUAA